AAAAAAAAACAAGAAAAUAAGAAAGUAAAAAAAAAAAAUUAAAUAAAAGUAAAAUAAAAAAAUAAGCUCGCUCAAAAAGUUUGGGCCGCUCUGUAAAACGAGGGCAGAUCAGGGGGGUGUGCUCCAGGGGGAGAAAGUGUAGACUGGGAUGAUGAGUGAGCGAGAGAUGGACGAGGAGAAUGGACAGGCCACCCACGGUCGGUCAUUUCUACAGUUAGUGCUCACUCUGCUCGCACUAACUGGCACCGCUCGCUCGCACUAACUCUCUCUGGACGUAAUCUUGCAUAAAUUAAACUUUUAAAGAGCGACUGAUUUGAACCACAUCAUUUAUUAUUAUUAAUUUUUUUUUUUUUGGUAUUUUUGAAUUUGGCUUGCUCCAUUUGGGUUGAUACUUUGAUAGUCAGGACCCGUUGCACCAGAGGCCAACGUCGAGGGCAGUAGUGUAGCAUGUCUGUGGAUCCCAAGGCGCAAAAGCGGCGACGCAAGCACAAGAAUUCGAAGAAUGGGUGUCCUAAUUGUAAGAAGCGGCGAGUUAAAUGUUCGGAAGAUCUUCCGUCGUGUGUCAAUUGUAUUAAGCAUAAGGUAAGGUGUGGGUAUUUGGAUUAUACUGAGGAGCAAUUGGAUGAGAUUAGAGAGGCUUCGAUGACCGCAGCGAGUGGACCCACCUCCAGUGUUGGUGGACCCAGCUCCAAUGUUGGUACAACCAGUUCUGAAGGCGCUGAUAGGGUAACCAUCAAUACAGAAGGAGCUAGCGGAUCAUUGAUCAACGGCAUUGCCCAGACUCAUUUUAUCCGAGAUGAAAGUGAUGAGGUUGAUGUGUUGGGGUUAAGUUUAAAUCUGUUGACAGGAGCACUGGUGAGAAAUGCAAGGGGAAUCCAGAGGGAUGAACCCUCGGAUGGUGAUUUGGAAUUCCCAUCCCCUGGAGAUUCCAUGAGUGUUGAUGGAGAGCCCAUGAGUGUUGAUGGAGAGGAUUACAGUAGCCAGGAUGAACUAAAUGGCCUAGGCCUGGGCCUGGGCCUGGGCCUAGAACCUGUUGGCUCUAGGGAAAGUAUUCCCUACGAUCAACCGAGAGAGUCUCGGUCUCUAGAUAGUAGACCACUUUCCUUGGAAAGACCCAUAUCUUUAGAAAGAUCCUUUGAAAGGAGCUCAGAAAGAUCUCUUGACUCUACCCUUGCCAGAACCUCGAGACAUUUUGAUAAUCUUCUCCCGAAUGUAGCCAAUGACCCGGAUAAUUCCAUCAUCUACCCAGUGUAUUCGGUAUCUCGAAGAACUGGAAGUAUGAGAGGUUCUCCAACCUUCAGCUCCUGGUCGUCUCGUAACGGCUCGGUGGUAUCCCCUAUCCACUCGUCAUCACGAGUCCCACAUCGUCUGGGCUCUCUUUCAGACCUUAUCCAGCAACAGAGAUCGUCUGCCGCCACUCAAAGACCGGUUUUAUGGUCUUCACAGUCAUAUUCAAACCCAGCGAGGCUGCAACUGCUGCUGCAACUCCAAACAUUCACCCUGCCACAACAGCAGCAUCAUCGUCCAUCAUCACAGCAUCAGCAGCAACUCCCCCUCAAAGGCGCACAAAAAUUAACCAUUUCCUUCCCAAUCCUCCCCAAAACAAACGUCAACUACGUAGAACUGAUGAGCAAUGCCCUCUCCGUUGUAGGCUCGAAAGUGGGCACCGGGACCGCCUCCUGGAGUGAGAUCCGCAAGUUGUACACGUCGUGGAUCAAUUCCUUCAUCUACCGGUCAUACUUGAGUCGAGGGAUGUUCAGCUGUCUUGUCAACUUCAGCACAAACUAUCUUAUCUCUAAUUGUCUUCAGCCAGAACACACCGAGGCGUUUUACUUCCCCGAUCUGGACCGCAAGAAGUUAAAGAACCUGCUUAUCGUGACGUCCAUCAAGCAUUAUGGCAAGACCAUCAAGCUUUUAAGAGACGUGCUCAACCGGAACUCCGACCCAGAGUUGUGUGGCUCCAUCUCAUAUAUCUUGAGUUUGAUGAGUAUCUAUGACCCAGAGGCAACGUUAUAUUCAAUCAAUUGUUUCAGGGAUGGAUUGUUUAGUGUUUUCACUCAUUAUAUGCAUUUGGGAGCAGCGUCUGCAAGAGCGAGAGCGGCAACAACUCCAGCGAUAGCUGGUGGUGGUUCGACAGUACUGACAACCUCUAGAAUUCCUGGAUCUGGUCAUCCAUCUACCCAUCCUUCUAAUGGACAAUCCACUACAUUCCCUGAAACUAUCGUUCCUGGGAUAGAUGGUAUCCCCAUCGGGCUCAUCCCAUCACAUCUCUUACUCAUGAAAAACAUCCUUCGAUCGGUCUACCUCCCUGGAUAUGACCCAACCUUCCUAGAAGAAUACCUGGUAGCACUUUCUAAAUUCGGAGAAAUCCUCCAAUUCUACCUUACCCAAACUCCAACGGUAACCACCACCAUGAAGUUUCUUCUGACCAAAUACCAUAACCUUGUCAAUUUUACCAAUGAUACUCUCCAGCAUUACGUCCCACGAAUAAAUUCCAACCUCUCGGACAUCAACGUCCAACAGGACGUUCUCUUUGAAAUGGUCAGACGAUGGGUCAAUCUCUUCCCCUCACGACUACUGGUGAUCACCUCGAGCUCCGACCCCAUGGAGAAGCUCUUGUAUCUUUUCUACAAGACAUUGAAAAAGGCAUUGUAUGCCAUUUUCCCUCAGGUGAAGUUUUUCCUUCUUCGGGACUUUGAAAGUCCCUUGAUGCUUGAAGUAUGGGUCAUCAACAACGACUACAACAUAUUCCAUCAUGAACUAGAUAACCCCACGACUUGGGUACCGGAUUAUUGCUACGCAGUGCAUCUAGACACCUUGAAAACAUUGGCGCUGUACUUGAUCCGGAUCAACACUUUCCUUGGGAAAAGGAUUGACAUUCUCUACCGACACACAGUUUACAAAGAGUCGGCCAAGAAGUUGUUUCCCAUUGGCGACGAUUUGCGUAAAUGGCGCCAAACGGUGACAGAUAUCGCCAAGGCCCGACGUGACUUUGACGCGUCGGUGGGGAUCUUGGAAGUGCCCAUUCUUUCAUUUGAGAGCACUAUCAUCGAGGCGAAGCAUUACCCGAGAAUCAUUGGUAGUUUGAGUUCCGCCAUGGCUAACCAUAGAGCACAUCGUAGUCUGUAUCCGCCAGAUUUUUCCACCUUGAUCAGUACGGGACUCUUAGAGGCGGACUAUGACCCGAGUUCGUAGCGUACUUUCAGUACACAAACACACAAACACAAACACACAGACUAGUAGACUAGAGAAGUACAAACGUAUAUACAAAUCCCGAGGACGGUUUCUUUAACGAGUCACCCCUCCACUUCUACUAGAGACGGUUCGUCACCAAACGAUUUGGUGACUAUAUAAAUACAUGUAUUAUGAAAAGAAUAACAAUGUAGACAGUCCGGUCCAGGAGAAUGUAGUAGGCCCCGUAGCCCCCGUAGGGUGGCGUACUCACUUCCCUUUGAGAUUGCGAGCCUCUCCGCUGGCACUCCGUGGGCCACUAGCCGUGGGGGCUUGUGUUUCUCUAACGAGAAAUUUUUGCAGCCAUAUAUCUCCUUGUAGGUGGAGACCACGAGGUGGCUCUCCCCGAUAAUAAGGGGCUAGACUGAACGUCCUACGAGCCAAGUAGGGAUGUUGAGAUGCACUCUGCCGGACUGUGAGUCACUCCGGUAACAGACUGUUGGCCACUAGCUCUUUGCGGUCACUCUCGCUGUGGCAGGGAAAACCUAUUGUUGAGGGCAAACUUAUUUGUAAGUGGCUCUUCACGAUCAAGGACCAAAUCGGAAAAUUGCUGCCAAGAGUCCCAUUUCCAUAUCUCCUAUAGUAUAGUCAUAAUAUAU